AUGACCGAUACCGAAACAGCUCUCACAACGUUGACAAUAGAUAAAUCUAUAACAGACUUUGAGCCCACAACUGGCCUUCAAACUCCAGAUAAGUCCGAUCAGCAUACAAGUGAGAGUGACCAACAGACGCCUCGUUCCAUGAUUAAUACGCGUUCGCCCGACACAAAUAACUCAAACGGAACACGAUCGCCAAAUACAUCUAAGGGAAGUGGAGCAAAUGGCGAGGAGUGGGGUGAUGAAGAUGGGGAUUUUGAAUUGGAAGAUGAUAUUUCUCCCACAUCACAAGCGAGUCGAGAUAUUUCUCUCAAUACAAAUCUCGAAGUGAACAAUAAUCUGAGUGCGACCCCAUCAUUUCCGACACCGCCAGAAACAAUUAAUGUUGAAGUUGUAGCACAAAUUGAAACAUCAUCAAUACUGGAUGAUACUGAUGCUAAUCAGUUAAAUUCUGAUCAUCUCACCGCCAAUGAAAGCAACACCAAUCAACAACAGCCUGGUUCACAUCACGAAGAGCUGAUAACAAAAUUUGGACGGAAGGUGUCAAAACCAGUUCAUUAUUCACCUAAUGCACCAAAACCUAGUCGAGGUUCUAAAACAACAAAUAAAACAACAAGCAAAUCUACAAAAAAAUCCUCAACUAAAUCUUCAGGAUCAUCGAAACGUCAGCGAAGGGAACCGAGUCCAGUGGUGGCUGAAGAUGUCCUAUGUUCCAUAUGCCAAGAAGGCCAAUCACCGAAACAUAAUCGUAUAGUUUUGUGUGAUUCAUGUGAUACACCUUUUCAUCAACAAUGUCAUGUGCCAAAUAUUGACGAUUAUGUCACGGAAGUAAGGGAUGCAUCAUGGUAUUGCUUGAAAUGUGAGAAUGAGAAACAGGCAAACAAAAAGAGAAAAAUUGAAUCGUCAGAUAUAUCGAAUCAAUUGUCUACAGGUGUAACCGGAAAAGACUAUACCGAAGGACAGAAAAAACAAUAUUUACAAUCAUUAUCAUCCGAUACUUUAGUCAAACUUUUAUUAUUCGCGGAAACUUUACAUCCUGAUUUACCUAUUUAUCCACAUAAUUUCAAAGAUAUAGUUGAUACUUCUCAAACCCCUCAUCCCGUACCAGAAGUUGUCAUUGAUUCUACUGAUCAAGCGCGAGCUAUUGAAGCUCAAUCAAAUGUAAAUUUAUCUUCAUCUUCUGGAUCAGUGCCUGCACGCAGUUCAAUAUCUCCGACUCCUACACCAAGCGCAUCGACUGUACAGUCAAAUCUUCCUUCACAAUUCUCUCCGAUGCAUGAAAAAUCUUUUUCAAUCCCAAGACAUCAUUCCUAUUUGUCCACAACCUCUCAAGAGCAACCUUCAGCGAUGCACGCCCAUCUUCCACCAUCCACUACCCUAAUUCAAGCGCCACAAUCUUCAACCUUUGCUUUUAGUCUUACAACCUUAUCCACUUCGCCAAACACUAUAAGGGCACCACAAUCACUUUUACCUAGCCCUACUACCGCUAAUUUACCCUCUUAUGAAGAAAUGAUUGUUGAAGCAAUAGGUGCCAUUGCUGAUCAGAAUGGAAGUCCACCGAAGACUAUAUUUGACAAAAUGGAGAGCACUUAUCCGUUACACGCUAAAUUCCGUUCUUCCGCAUCUCAAGCAUUACACAAAGCUGUUAAGAAAGGUCGCGUUCUCAAGGUGGGCCUUACUCUCUACAAGUUAAACUCAGAUUAUACUGCUCCAGCAAAGAAUGGACGCCGAUUGCAUCGAAAAACUUCAGUGGCGUCGUCUAUAUCUGAUACUCAUUCAGUUACAUCGGCUAUUUUGACAAAUUAUAAUGGGUACGAUCACAAUAAAGACAAUGAGGUAGUGAGCUCUCCGAAUGCAGUCAUCACCGAUGAUUCACCAUCUAACAUGGAUAUUGAUUCAAAAUCUAAUGCAGCCGGUGUUGGUGUUUCGGAGGCACACCAAGAGCGAAGUAUGUCGGCUUUUGCCGCAUAUAACGGGGGCCUUCCACGACCACAAACCUUGACGCAACUCCCUCCGACUUUGCCACCAUUGAGCUCUGUUGCCGGGACGGCAUAUAUGCCAUUUCCCCCUGGCAACGGUUACAAUGGUGGUCACGUUGGGGCGUUGCAUUGA